AUGUCUGUCUGGACGUCCGUUUCAGCUUGCGAUCUUGGCAAUAAUACUGAAAAUGGGCAAGAAGUUGAAGAAGCUCCAGCAAAGCUCCAGCUCCAGAAUGCAAAUUUGGAUGAGCAAAAUGCUUCGACAUCAGCCAGCUAUCAGCUGAACCCUAUUGAACAGGUGUGUCGCAUUGAUGCUUUGAUGAAGGAAAUUGUCUCAAAUAUUGUUGAUUUCAAGUCACGUUCAGUUCUGGAGGCCGUCUCAAGGCGGAUGUAUUACUUGUCACGUUCGACCAAGUUCAGUUUCCCAAUUGAUCAGGAUUACCUUCGUCUAAUCUUUCGUUGCUGGCACCAUCCCAUCCUGACUGUUGCUGUGGGCACUCUUGAAUUCAGCCGUGAAUGUCUCAGUUUUUCGGCUCGUCGCGACCAGGGACACAUUGAUCAUCAGCCGGCCCCUUUGAUGAACUUGCUCAACAAUGUUAUUGAACGCGUUAACCCGAAGUCGAUUAGACGUCUUCAAAUUGGUGGAAUCACUCCAGAAGAUCUUUAUCGUGGUGUUCGAAAUCAUUUGCUUGUCUGCACCGCUGAUUUGCUGCAAAUGGUCGAGCGAUUCAAGAAUCUCAGGAGCAUUACUUUUGAGAACGUGCAUUUUGAUGAUGGGGCUAUUGACUUUUUGUUCUCAGAGGAAUGCGCUUUUUACAAGCAUCUAGAAAACAUUUCCUUCAAUAAAGUCACUUUUGACGCACGAAACAUUGCUCGUGCAGUUUUCAAGCGUAUCUUUACGCCAAAUCUCAAGAAGUUCUCUUUGAAUACAUUUGCUGUUGGAUCACAAGGAAACAGCUUCUUGGAGGCUUUGGAAGAGAUCAAUCACACACUAGAUCAAUUGGAUAUUUAUGUUGAUGAGGAUGCUUUUGGAAGCGAAGUUACUAUUCCUGAUGGAUUUGUGUUCAUGAAACGCUGCUCACAACGCACUCGUAAUUUGAAAGUUCAUUUCUGGCAUACCGCCUACGCAAAGAAUGUCAAAGUUUUCGGCGUGGCAAAAGAUAUUUGCAAGUUGACCAAUAUCACCGAACUCAACUUGGAUGUAUGGGCCUCUUUCAACGAUGAAUCUGUACAGAGUGUGGCCUUUGUGUGCAAAAAUCUCAGUUUGCUCAAUCAAUUGAAGUCAUUCUCGAUUGGAGGUUUCCGAAGUGAUGAACGCCACAAAGAAGAUACUGUUAUCAAGUGUCUGAUAUCGGGCGUGCGGAAGUGUCAAACAUUGGAAAAGUUUCAUCUUACUCGCGUUCCAAAACGUGAUACCCUCUUCACCAAGCUACUUGAAGUUCUUCCAUCAACACUUCUAAAUUUGGGACUGGAUUCGACUCCGUUCAGUGAUGCGAUGAUUCUUGGAGUGUUGAAUAGAUUGCCUAUGCUGCGCCAUCUCUCUUUGAAGCAAAUGGGACGAUUGACUCCAAAAGUCGUUGAAUUUGCAUUGCGUCAAAAGCCUGAACUGCUGACUUUUGCAACGGAGGUGGUUUGCUCAAUGUCAGCUCUGCAUCUUCUCACUGAUCACCCAUCACAUCCAAAACUUCGUCAUGUUGAAAUUUGUGUCAUCAAUCAACCAUCGGAUAAGGAGAUGAGGAUAUUGGGUCAAUAUUUUCGUGGCAUUAUCGUGGAUCAUAUUCUUUUGCACCCUGUGAAGAACCGCAAAGGAUAUCUCGUCACAACCGAUUGGCAAAUUCCCACGGCUCCAGCACCGGCAAAUGAAUUGCAGACACUCACUGUUGAUGAUCUGGCUCCACCAAGACGCCCACACAGGAGCGGACGAAGGGUGUGGGUUGAGAAUGAAUGGAAAGCCGGUUGGAAA